GAACUUGGGGAUGAAAGAAAGAAAGAGAACACUGCCUCCUCAAGACAUUGAGGCAGGUAAGUACAUACGUAAUGUGAUGUACGUAUAUACUGGUACAAGGUUCCCACGCACAAGAUAGGUACCUCCAGUAGGGAAGUCCACCGUGAUAGUGACAGUCACAAUGACAAUGAGAUGCAUGGGAUUGAGAUGGAUGUCGCGCAGAAAAGACGCAGAGGAGGCGUCCAACGGCACAAACCACGCAAAGUCGCUUGUUGCUUGUCGUUGCCUGCACUAGCCGGUCAUUCCCAUUGUCUGAUUGGCCUCGCGCCGUGCUGUGUGGACUUGCCCGGUGGGUGGCACAUGUUUGGGGUCCUCGAGUCUGGAGUUCUGUCUGGAGUCUGGAAUCGCCUAUAUAAGCCUCCUCAGUUCCCCUCCAUCAUUCCUACAAGUCGCUUCGAUUAUCAACUAUCCAACACCACACUCAACCGCUCUAUCUACAUUUCUGCACCCAUAUAUCCAUCUACCGUCUUCCAAGACCAAGACCAAAAUCACAAAUCAGCCAAAAUGAAGGGUGACUGCUCUUGCUCUGGUGGCGAAGGAUGUAAGCAUCGCCCCCCUCUCUCCCUCUCUCCCUCUCCUCUUCUAUUCCCCUCACCUCUGCUAUGCCAUGGCGCUUACCCCGCUAUCAUCAUCUCCGAUUGCAUGCCCGCUGCUAACCUGAAUUGCUAUAACAGGCACAUGCGGCUCUGGCUGCUCUUGCGGCAAAUAAGUUCUUGAUAUCCUCAAUUUGCGAGCACCUAUAACACCAAAAGAAACCAACCAA